AUGGGCGCUGGAGGACAGCCGCAACAAGAUCAUGGCAGGGCUAACCCAGCAACGGCACGCUCCGUUGAGUCCUUGGAUUGCUUGCUCUCAGGUACUAAUAGCAACACUGACACAUCUGUGGAAGAUGAUGAUGGAAUUUCUAUGCUUUUCUCGGAUUGCAGAAGAAACUUAUGGAACUUUGGACAGGCAAAUAGUGCAAUCUCAUCCGAAGAGUUUGAGAACAACGAAACAGUAGUCUCUCAAAGUUCAUCAGAUUUAUAUGUCCAAAGUCAGGGUAAGAAAAAUUCCACAAAGAGAAGCCAUGAUCAAAGUGAGCUACAUGGAGCCAAUCAAAGUCACUUUGGUCUUCUUCAAAUGGAUUCUUCUACCACGAAAGGUGGUUUUCGUCUUAUCUCCGAAAACCCACCGAACUUGAAGAAGCCCAGAUCAGAUAAGCGUCCAAGCUCAUCCAACAUCAACUUUCAACAGCCAAGUUCAUCUGUAUCAGCUUCCUCUAUUGAAAAGCCUGAUCCAGAGGUCAUUGCACAAAUGAGAGAGAUGAUUUAUCGUGCUGUGGCUUUUAGGCCUGUGAACUUGGGGAUGGACAUGGUUGAAAGGCCAAAGAGGAAGAAUGUUAAGAUCUCAUCUAACCCAACCGUGGCUGCAAGACAAAGGAGAGAGAGGAUCAGUGAGAGAAUUAGGGUUUUGCAAAGGCUGGUUCCUGCUGGAAGCAAGAUGGACACUGCAUCUAUGCUUGAUGAUUAUCUCAAGUUCUUGAGGUCACAGGUGAAGGCACUUGAAAAUUUAGGCCAAAAAAUUGAGUCCAUGAGUAAUUCGAAUAUUCCUCCGACAGGCUUUGCUUUCUCUUUCAACCCCUCUUUUCCCAUGCAAACCCAUCAUCAUGUCCCUCUCCACAACCCUAAUCAUAUCCACCAACCCCACAGUUGA